CACAGUAUGACUACAGAGAAAGUUCGCGCCGACCUGCCGCUGCUGCAAAUGUGAGUGUCCACUUAAAUAAAUAGCGGAUUAUGCCGAGUUAAAGUGUGUCUAACUAGUCCAAUGAUGGCACUCGAUGUUUUACCCGUGGAGGAUUUCCCGCGUAAAGUGAUGCCCGGAGGUGACUCCUGCACGUGCGGCGCCAAGUGCCGGAACAGCAGCAGCAGCAGCGUCUUCUUCCUGGGAUUAUUCACGCUGUCACUCUCCCUGCACGCCGUCACCCUGCUCUGCUACUUGGACCUGCGCUCCGAGGUCAAAAGGGAACUAAUCCACCAGAAGCGGGACUCCGUGUUGACACUCGUGGGGAGUGACUUGGCCAGCCCGGCGUCUGCGGUCCUCCCGCCCGGACCCCCGCGGCUCGACCCCGGCAGCAGCAGCAGCAGCAGCCGCGCCACAGAUGAUCCUGAGGAUAACUCACUGCAUCAAAACAGAGACUUACUAGCCACAGAAGAUAACAGGGGCAUAACUCAGAGGGCAAAAAGAAGUCCAGGAAAGCAGCUACAAACAGAAUCGACAGGAAAGGAAAAAAGAAAAGAGAGGAAAAAAGGGAAAAAACGAGCAAUACCAGGUCCCCCUGGUCCUCCAGGUCCCCAGGGCCCACAAGGCCCACCGGGCAUUCCUGGUAUCCCCGGUAUCCCUGGAAGCAACGCCAUGGGUCCUGCAGGACCGCCCGGCCCCCCUGGGCGACAGGGGCCUCCAGGCGCUCAAGGCCCAGCAGGGGUUCCUGUUAGGACCGAUAGGACAAAAACAAAAGAAUUCCAGCCCGCAGUGGUUCAUUUGCAAGGGCAAGAGACAACCAUCCAAGUGAGAGAAGAUCUUUCGGAAGGCAUCCUCAGGAACUGGAAGACUGUGUCCAUCCAUCACCGUGUGUUUAAAAUGCACUCUCGCUCCGGAGAGCUUGAGGUGCUAAUGGAUGGCGUCUACUUCAUAUAUAGUCAGGUAGAAGUGUACUACCUCAACUUCACAGACAUCGCCAGCUAUGAGGUGAUGGUGGAUUCCAACCCCUUCCUCUGCUGCACCUGCAGCAUUGAGACAGGCCAACGCAAGUUCAACACCUGCUACACAGCUGGGGUGAGCCUGCUGCGCGCUGGCCAGAGGAUCUCCAUCCGUAUAGUCUAUGAGGACACGCUCAUCAGUAUGACCAACCACACCACUUUCCUCGGAAGUGUCAGACUAGGAGAGGCUCCAUCUGCUGGGCAGAAUUGAUAACUACACAAGUCAGCCCUCUAUGCGUCAUGGGUGUCUAGAAGCUUGCAGCAUCGGCCUCUGAGAUCCUGCCAGGAUGGCAAUUUGCAGUGAUGAAGUUAAAAAACAGUAUCUCUCUACCACAACUCUGUUGUAAGAAGGACAGUACGGACUGUUUUAUGCUUGUGCUUCCACUGAUCAAGUGCUAUUGACCGUGACGAGCUGAAUGUCUGUUUGCUCAUCAAGUAAGUCACUAUGUAAAGUCACCUGCAUCUCUCCCUCAUUACACCAAGGAAGGAUACUGCACACACAGGUGCUUAAUACAAAAAUGUUUAUCCUCGCCAAAUAAUUUUUGUAUUGCUUAAAAAAAACCAAGCAAUUCCAAAUUGUGAUAUUUGACAUUUUUAGAGUUAAUCUAACUAUAUAAAAUAGAUAGCUACUAUUGUGUAGUUUGCCAUAAAAAGGCUUUAGGGCAUUGGUCGGCAACCUGCAGCUCUUCAGCCUUCUUCUUGUGUACUUUAUAAAAACGCCAGACGGGGGAGUGUGCAUUUUCAAAAAGAGUUGUAUAACUUUGAGGCCGUGUGUGUGCACAGUCUGAGUCCUGACUAGUGAGUGCAUGGAAGAGGGAGGCGGUGCCUGUGUUGUGUGCUGUACAAGAGAGAUGUUGGCGUCUUGAGUGUGCAACCCUUGCCGUUAGCUUACCAUGAAUACAUCCCAAAAAAAUAAACAUCUCAGAAGAAAAUAAAGCUGAAUUUACCAUAAAUUCCGAACUACAAGCCACUACUUUUUUUUCCUACGUUUUCGACCCUGCAGCUUCUAAAAUAGUCCGGCUAAGUUGUAAUGUCCUUGCUGACGGCCAUUAUGCAAUAGUAUAAAGUAAAGUAAACACACUGAUAAGGUGUGUUAUUGUUAUUUGAGUGUUUUUUCAAUUAGUCCUUUCAACCGGAAGUAGAAGUGCCGUUCAAUCUUCUAGCCGUCCAUUGCGUUUUAACUCGUAUGGACUCUCCAUUCAUCACGCCGAGCAAUGUUUGUUAGAUUUACAAUAUAAAUUAAACUGUUUACACUUAUUAAAUCGUCCCAUGUGUGAUGACCCUGGGAAUGUUUUUAUACAUAUUUGUACGUGCUAUUGUAAUUUAAUGAAGCUAUUGUCGUUAGCAUUAGCUAAUAUGUUAACAUUUCUACAAGCGUCUGUGUUAGUAAAAUGAACUUACAAAGACAUUCUUUUUUAUAUUUUUUUCAGUUUCACAAAUUCUUCAGUGAUUCACCAAGACAAUGGAUUUAUUGAGUCUGUUUAGCUGAUUGGAAAGCGAUCUCCCGCAGUGACGAUAACUUUGGUUUUGUUUUGAUCAUCCUUUUUACUGCCGUGUUACAGGAACCGUUUGGAAACAAUUAAGAUGUAUUAAUAAAUAUUCAAAAAUCUUUGUGUGACUUAUUUCGCAACAUAUCUGCGGCUUAUAUACUGGUGCGCUCUAUAGUCCGGAAAAUACGGUAUUUGUCUAUGAAAAAAAUGACAUUUACAGUAGAUAUAUAUAUAUAUAUAUAUAUAUAUAUAUAUAUAUACAUAGGAGAUGUUAUGUCUUUCAGCUCCAGACUAUUUUCUUUCGUGGUACGAGGAGCAAAAUGUCUCCUUUGAUAGUAAAGGUUGGUGGCCCCUGUUCUUGGCUUACAGUUCUAAGGUAUUCACAGAGCAACAGCACUAUAGAUUUUGCACACUUUUGCACUACAGCGUCCCUGCAGAAUAUUAGUGGUAUGUUUUAUGAUAGUACUAUUGUCGAGUUACUGCAUAAAUACAUAUAUGUGGUAAAAUGAUUGUUGUUUAUAUGUCUGUGUAUAUAUUGUAUAUAAAAUGGAAUAUACUUUUGUAAAUGGAGUUGACUGAUGGAUUAAAAUGUUUUGUCCUAAUGCCUCUGUCAGUUA